GUCCUUGAUUCGUGUGACAGUCACUUCAACCUUUGUAUAAAACCAAGCACUGUGCACAUAAUUUGAUGACGUAGUUUACAGCCGUUCACAGAAAGGUUUGUCAGGUUUGUCAAAGUUGUCGAGUGACGGAACUAACUACAAACCGUUUAACAUGUCAUUCUUCAGAAAUACAAUCUGGUUUGUGAAAGGAUUAAGAGAAUAUACAAAAUCAGGCUAUGCCUCGGCUUGUAAGGCAUUCAAUGCUAGUGACCUGGAGGUUGAUGUGACAGGGAGGAGUUUCAUGAUCACAGGGGCGAACAGUGGAAUUGGAAAAUGUGCAGCAAUUGCUAUUGCAAAGAAAGGUGGGACUAUACACAUGGUAUGCAGAGACGGCAAGCGAGGGGAAGAAGCCAAGGCAGAAAUAACUGAACUGUCUGGUAACCAGAAUGUUCAUCUCCAUUUACUGGACAUGUCGCAGCCAAGAGAUGUCCUAAAGUUUGCCUCAGAUUUUGAAAAAAAUACUGGAAAGUUAAAUGUUUUGAUAAACAAUGCAGGGUGUAUGGUGAACACAAGAGAGGUCUCAGAAGAUGGCCUGGAGAAGAACUUUGCCACAAAUACACUUGGAACGUAUCUGCUGACUGCAUCUCUUAUUCCACUGCUGUCACAGAGUGACGAUCCAAGAGUGGUAAUUGUGACAUCUGGAGGCAUGCUGGUUCAGAAGCUAGAUGGGAAGGACCUGCAGUCCGAGAAGAUGUCCAAGUUCGAUGGCACGAUGGUGUACGCCCAGAACAAGAGACAUCAGGUUGUGAUGACCGAGCAGAUGGCCAGAAUUCAUCCCCGCAUCCACUUCUCCUGCAUGCAUCCAGGCUGGGCUGACACACCAGCGGUGAGAUCAGCCAUGCCAGACUUCUACAACAAGAUGAAGGACCGCCUGCGGACACCGGAGGAGGGGGCGGACACUCUCAUCUGGCUGGCUCUGGCACCGGCAGCCAUUAAACAAACCAGUGGAGAGUUCUUUCAGGAUCGGGUGAUAGUAGCCAAGCACCUGCCCCUAGCCUGGACCAAGUCUACAAGCCAGGAGGAAGAGGAACUGAUGACCAAACUAGCAGCCUUCAAGACACAGUUCCAGUCUGCAUGAUAGUCACCUCGUAGAGCCACACUGUUAUGAUGAAACUCCGACUGUGAUCAAGUGGAGAUGGGCUGUCGACCUUGUCACCAGGCCAAUGUUCAGGCCAUAAUGGGCAAACUAACAGCAACUCGGGAACAGUAUGUUAUGCAUCUGUUCAAGUAAUUAGUGGAGAUUACAAGCUUUUAUUGUAGUAUAUAUCAGCAACAGGUUAUGUAGGUAGUAGGGCUGGUUGCGUCAAGACAUUGUCAUGGUUCAAGUCUUUGAAAGGCAUUUAGAAGUGAGAAUUUAUGGAUGUCCACUUCUUUAUUAUCAGGAACACAACGUUUCGGAGUAUGUGCUUGCUCCUUCAUCAGGUGAAUGAAUGAUAUGAGGCAGAG